AUGGAGCCAGAAAAGGAACGAGCUUUUCCUCCCACUAAAGAGGGGAUCAAGAGCCUGGCUGGGAAGGCCCUCGGGACUCUGCACAGGAAGCUGGAAAGACGCCAGCAGACCGGUGAGGUGAUCGAGCUGACGGAGGAUGGGAGACCCCGGGACCAGCAGCAGAAGAAGACACCCCUAUGCGACUGCACGUGCUUUGGGGCUCCUCGCAGGUACAUCAUCGCGAUGAUGAGCGGGCUCGGCUUCUGCAUCUCUUUCGGGAUCCGGUGCAACCUGGGCGUGGCCAUCGUGAGCAUGGUCAACAACAGCACGAUCCACCGUGACGGCAAGAUCAUAGUGAUCGAGAAAGCAAAAUUCAACUGGGACCCGGAGACCGUGGGGAUGAUCCACGGCUCUUUUUUCUGGGGCUACAUAGUCACCCAGAUCCCGGGAGGAUAUAUAUCGUCACGAUUAGCAGCGAACAGGGUGUUUGGGGCGGCCAUCUUCCUCACGUCUACACUCAAUAUGUUCAUUCCCUGUGCCGCCCGCAACCACUAUGGGACAGUCAUCUUUGUGAGGAUAUUACAAGGGCUUGUGGAGGGAGUUACCUACCCUGCCUGUCAUGGCAUAUGGAGUAAAUGGGCCCCACCGAUGGAGAGGAGUCGCCUGGCAACUAUAUCUUUCUGCGGCUCCUACGCGGGCGCCGUCAUCGCCAUGCCUCUGGCGGGGAUCCUGGUGCAGUACACCGGCUGGUCCUCUGUCUUCUACCUGUACGGGUCGUUUGGGAUGGUGUGGUACCUCUUCUGGAUCCUGGUGUCCUACGAGAGCCCGGCGGAGCACCCCACCAUCACUGACGAGGAGCGCACCUACAUCGAGGAGAGCAUAGGGGAGAGCGCCCAGAUGAUGGGGGCCAUGGAGAAAUUCAAGACUCCUUGGAAGAAGUUUUUCUGUUCCAUGCCCGUCUACGCGAUCAUCGUGGCCAACUUCUGCAGGAGUUGGACCUUCUACCUGCUCCUCAUCAGCCAGCCCGCCUACUUUGAGGAAGUGUUUGGUUUUGAAAUCAGCAAGGUUGGAAUGGUGUCCGCUCUGCCCCACCUGGUGAUGACCAUCAUCGUACCUCUGGGAGGCCAGCUGGCCGACUACCUCCGCACCAACAACAUCAUGUCCACCACCAUGGUGCGGAAGAUCAUGAACUGCGGAGGAUUUGGGAUGGAGGCUACUCUACUGUUGGUGGUGGGGUACUCUCACAGCAAGGGUAUGGCCAUCUCUUUCCUCGUCCUGGCGGUUGGUUUCAGUGGCUUCGCUAUAUCAGGUUUCAAUGUCAAUCAUCUGGACAUUGCUCCUCGCUACGCCAGCAUCCUCAUGGGUAUAUCCAACGGAGUGGGGACUUUGUCAGGGAUGGUGUGCCCUCUCAUAGUCGGGGCCAUGACCAAGAACAAGACCCGCGAGGAGUGGCAGUACGUCUUCCUCAUCGCUGCCAUGGUGCACUACGGGGGCGUCAUCUUCUACGGCAUCUUCGCGUCCGGGGAGAAGCAGCCCUGGGCCGACCCCGAGGAGAUGAGCGACGAGAAGUGCGGCUUCAUCGACGAAGACGAGCUGGCCGAAGAGACUGGGGACAUCACCCAGAGCAUCGGGCCCGGGGGAGCGGUGGGUGGGCCCCCCAAGAGCUACGGGGCCACGGCUCAGCUGAACGGGGGCUGGGUCCAGGACUGGGAUAAGACAGAGGAGUACGUGCAGCAGCCCGCCGGUCAGAUGCACGCCAAGGACGGAUACUCCUAG